AUGGAGCUCGACGCCCAAAGAACGAUGUUGGAAGAAAAACUGAAACAAGAACAGGAAAUGUUAAAUAGUCAGCUGGCGGCGGAGCAGGAAUUCGUAAAACAGCGAGACAUUAUUCGAAACCAGCUGAUCAGCAGUCGUCAGAAUGUCCAGUCAUUAAUGAACGCCGAAGGCAUCGUGUUGCAGGAGCAAACCAGCAAAAAGGUGAAAACUUGGUUAGAAAAUCAGGAGAAGGUUGUAGCGAAGCCAGGAGGAGACGUUCGCGGAGCAUAUAAAAAGGGUGGGAAGCCAAAACUCGACGCGACGCUGGAAGAUCCAAAAAAUAAAUUCAACCGUACGCUAUUUGAGGAUGAACUGUUGCCGGCUAGCGAGGAAGGUACGGACCACGACGGGUACGAUGAAACCGCUGACACGGACGGGAGUGACGAUGUACAACAGGCUGGUGCCCCUGGGAGUCAAGUUGUGACAGUUGAAAAAAUAUUCAAGUUGACUCGCGAACAGAUUGCCACAAGAAAGGUAAUCUCCAAAACGCUCCCUAAAUUUAAUAGAGAUCCAGAGACAUGGCCGUUAUUCAUUAGUAGCUUCGAGCACACUACUAAAGCUUGCGGAUAUUCCAAUAUCGAGAACCUGGAUCGUUUGCUGAACAGUUUAGAGGGAGAAGCAUUUAAUGCAGUGAGGAGUAUGCUGGUGCUCCCAGAGUCAGUACCUGAAGUGAUUCAGGACCUACGUCGAUUAUUUGGACAACCAGAAAAACUACUGCGUACUUUGCUAAAUAAAGUCAGACGUGUUUCGCCGCCGACAACAGACGAUCUUCAAACCUUCGUCACAUUCGGCAUAACGGUCAAACACCUAUGCGAUCAUUUAGAGGCUGCGCAUCUUCUGGACCAUCUCCGUAACCCGUUGCUAGUGCAACAAUUAGUAGAAAAGCUGCCCCCAGAAUAUCAAAUGAAAUGGGUAGAGUACAAACGCGCAAAAAAGGGAACGCCGCUACGAUUGUUUACAGACUAUAUCACGUGUAUUGGAGAUGUCGCAUCCGAAGCAGUAGCCUAUUCUAUGACAGCGAGCGAAGCAGUACGAUACCCUAAAACUAAGUUCUCCAAAACGAAAGAGUUCGUAUACAUUCACGAGUCGGUAGACGAGCAAGUACAAGAAAUGCGAAGUGAAAAGGGUACUAAAGCAUGUUGGAUCUGUAACCGAACGGACCACAGAAUCCGAUUUUGUGAUGAUUUCCGGAAGAUGAAUAUUGUAGAACGGCUGGAAGCGGUAGAGAAGCAAAAGUUAUGUGGUAUCUGCUUGAAUAAACACGGCGACAAACCGGGCGGGUUUAAGUCGCGUUGUACUAUUACAAACUGUAAGGGUGCACAUCAUACACUGUUGCAUCGGGUACAAGAAUCUGUGCAACUUCAGAAAAUUGAGUGCAGUAUACAGAAGCAUGCUCAUCGAUCAAUUAUUUUCCGUAUGACACCGGUAACGCUAUAUGUAGCAGAUAAGCAGUAUGAUACUUUAGCGUUCCUCGACGAGGGGUCGUCCACCACAUUGGUAGAAGAAACAGUAGCAAAACAGUUAAAUGCGACCGGAGUUCAGGAGCCGUUGAUCGUCACCUGGACGGGAAACAUUAAUCGUUUCGAAAACAGUUCCCGUAAGGUGGAAUUAAUGCUGUCGGCUCGAGGUUCGUGUGAGAAGAUUUGUUUGGCGAAUGUCAGAACAAUAUCGGAAUUGGUAUUACCGAAACAAGGCAUGCAAUUUGCAAAACUAGAAAAACAGUACCCUCACCUGGCUGGCUUGCCGGUGAGAGAUCAUCCAGCGGAACGAGCGUCUAUCUUAGUGGGUCUCGAUAAUAUACAUUUGUUCGCGCCCUUGGAGUCACGUGUGGGGCAACAAUAUCAACCGAUCGCUGUACGUUCAAAAUUAGGCUGGACGGUAUAUGGUCCAGAAAAGCAAAAACAUUUAGCAAGUACCUAUCUUAACAUGCAUUCAGUCACGCCAGUGACCAAUCAACAGCUACAUGAUUUGAUGCGCACGCAGUACACUUUGGACGAUGUUGGGGUUGCAAUAUUUUGCUUACCAGAACCUAAAGAAGAACAACGAGCCAAAUCAAUUUUAAAAGCGACAACGAAGCGAAUAGGCGAACGAUAUGAAACCGGGCUGCUGUGGCGAGAGGAUAUAAGACGAUUCCCAGACAACUAUCUGAUGGCAACACAAAGAUUAAGGGCAUUAGAACGCAAACUGGAUAAGCAUCCGGCGUUAAAGGUUAACGUGGUGCAGCAAAUAGAGGACUAUCAAAUCAAAGGCUACGCACAUAAGAUAACUGAAGCUGAAAUUAAUAACACGCCAAGUUCUGCGAUCUGGUAUUUACCGAUAAAUGUGACUCUAAAUCCACACAAGCCCGGCAAGGUAAGGCUCGUCUGGGACGCUGCCGCGUCUGUAAAGGGUAUAUCGCUGAAUUCGGAACUACUAAAGGGCCCAGACAUGCUCGCCUCUCUUCCGAAAGUCAUAUGCCAUUUCCGGGAGCGUCCGAUAGCGAUAGGAGGGGACAUCCAAGAGAUGUACCACCAGAUUCGCAUUAGGUCUGAAGACAAACAAGCGCAGCGGUUCUUAUUUAGAUCAGACCCGAUGGAGAUACCACAAGUGUAUGUCAUGGAUGUGGCCACAUUUGGUGCUACUUGUUCGCCGAGCUCCGCACAAUUUGUUAAAAAUUUGAAUGCGGAGCAGUUUGCGAAAAGGUAUCCUGAGGCUGCAGCUGCGAUCAUAAAUAGGCACUAUGUGGACGAUUAUUACGAUAGCUUAGAUACUGUGGAAGAUGCUAUCCAAAGGGCUAAGGAAGUGAAAUAUAUCCACGCGAAAGGCGGCUUUCAUAUCAGAAAUUGGCUAUCAAAUUCAGAAGAGUUUCUUAGGCAACUUGGUGCAGGCAGUAGAAUGGAGACAGUUCACUUCAACCAUGAAGCUAGCACAGAAUGUGAGCGUGUAUUGGUAAUCGCUUUUGAGCCAGCCUCAGAUAGGUUCUGCUUCACAACCACGACCAAAAUAGAGGAGAUGACGGUUGAUUGCGAAAAUUAUCCGACCAAGCGAAUCGUGCUCAGCGUAAUAAUGGCGCAGUUUGACCCUCUCGGAUUCAUAUCUCCUAUAACCGUGCGUGGAAAGAUGCUUAUUCAGGAUCUUUGGAGAACCGGGUGUGAAUGGGACGAACCCAUCGACACGGUGUCGUUCGCCAAAUGGACGCGAUGGAUAAGAAUGAUGAAAGGGCUUGAGGUACCGCGUAGCUAUUUUGGGGAUGCCAAGUCUGGAGAGAUCAAAAAUAUAGAGCUGCACAUAUUCGCUGACGCUAGCGAAUCGGCUUACGGAUGCGUUGCAUAUUUUCGUGCAAGCGUGAGAGGCGAAAUUGCAUGCGCGCUGGUCAUGGGUCGUUCGAAGGUAGCUCCACUCAAACAGAUCUCAAUACCACGUUUAGAGCUUAUGGCCGCAGUCCUUGCUGCUCGAAUGUCACGAACGGUGUGCGAAAACCAUAGCUUCGCCAUUGAGAAAAUCGUGUACUGGAUUGAUGCGAGUGUUGUGCUGUCGUGGAUUAGAUCCGACCAGCGUAGAUACAAACAGUUUGUUGGAUUUAGAAUAGGCGAAAUCCUCAGUUUAACUAAAUUGGCUGACUGGCGUUGGGUACCGACUACACUCAAUGUAGCGGAUCAACUCACGAAAUGGGGAACAGAUCCAGAACUGCAUUCAGAUAGUGUUUGGUUAAGGGGGCCGAGGUUCCUAUACCAAAGCGAGCACGAGUGGCCUAAGAGAGAGUUACCUCCAGCGAACACGACCGAAGAACUACGCAUCCACUUAUUGCUGCACGAUGUGAAGCUACAAGAUAAUGUCAUCGACGCAACUCGCAUUUCAAAAUGGGCUGUGUUAAAGGUAAAAGGGCUACCGAUCGAGACAUUGAAACCAACAGGUUGGCAGCUGAAAUUAUUAAAGCCAAACAGGAUUACACAUGCACGAGUACCGCUGCGGCAAGAAGAAUAUGAAAAGGCAGAGCAGUAUUUGCUGAAAGCAGCGCAGGAGGAAUGCUUUGCAGACGAAAUUAAGGUACUGAAACGAAACGAGAAUCGUCCGAUAAACCAACGGCUCACAGUUGAAAAGUCUAGCUGCCUGAGCAAACUUACACCUUUAAUUGAUGAAGCGGGAAUCAUUCGAAUGGAAGGCCGUUGUGCACGUGCAGAGACGCUGCCCUUUGACCUACGCUUUCCGAUAAUUUUACCGGCAGGACGCGGUGGAGUUUCAACCCCCCAGCAGCCCCACAUGGGAGGUGUCUGGGAGCGCAUGGUCCGCUCGGUCAAGGAAGCCUUGAGAGCCCUAGACGAUGGUAAGCAGCUAACGGACGAAAUUCUGCAGACAGCCAUCGUAGAAGCAGAGGAUAUGAUCAACUCGCGACCACUGACGUAUGUGUCUCAGGAUGCCCCUGAAGCAGAUGCGCUGACCCCGAAUCAUUUUCUUCGGGGUCCUCCGUCUGAUCUGCAAAAUGUAGCAUUGCCGUCUCCACAUCCGUCCCAAGCGCUCAGAGAUACACAUAAGCGUUCUUGCCAGGUUGCCAGUGGAUUAUGGCAACGAUGGAUCAAGGAAUAUGUUCCGUCGUUGAACAAAAGGAGUAAAUGGUUUGGCGAAACAAGACCUCUUAAGGCUGGUGACUUGGUCUACAUCGUAGAAGGUGGCAGUAGGAAGUGCUGGGUACGUGGCGUAGUGGAAGAGCCAAUACUGUCAAGCGACGGGCGCAUUCGGCAGGCGUGGGUGCGCACCAAGACGAAAAGGUAUAAACGGGCGACAAGUAAUCUGGCAGUGCUUGAAAUCGAUGGUAACGCCGAUCCAGAUGUGACUUCCGGAUCAGGGUUACGGGCCGGGGAAUAUGUUGGAAACACUGCUUGA